AUGCAGAAUGUGAAUUCGAGUUCGGAAUCGACUGUUGGUAACAAUAAUUCAAUUUCAGAUUUUGAAGAGUCGGAGAUAAAGAAUUUUAGCGAUGGAUUUUCCGGCGAGAGUUCGAAGAUUGAGUCAGAAGCGUUGGCUUUGGAGGUUGAUGGAUUGGGGAGUAUUUGCUCUGAAGGUGAGAAGGAAGCGAAACCAGAGAGUUUGGUUGAGAAAGAUGACUCCAAGAGUAGGUUGCCGGUGGUAGUGUUUUUUAUGGGAUUGUUUGCGACGAUAAGGAAGGGAUUUGAGAAGGUUAUGCUGUCGGAUUGGUUUCAUUGGUGGCCGUUUUGGCGGCAAGAGAAGCGUUUGGAACGGUUGAUUGUGGAGGCUGAUGCCAAUCCCAAGGAUGCGGCCAAGCAGAGUGCUCUGUUGGCUGAGCUCAAUAAGCACAGGUUAGGCAAAUAUAUCUUUUUCUUCUUCGUUUUAGUGUUUUGCUAG